UGCGGCAUUUGGAGAGGACCUGAAGGGCUCUUCAUCCGCUCUGGUUGUUACCCUGUAGCUACCCAGCUCGCGGGACGCAGGCCUUCGCCUGGGUUAUGGAUUUUGAGAAUCUUUUCUCAAGACCCCCCAAUCCGGCCCUCGGCAAAAAACCGGCCACGGACUCUGACGAAAGAAUCGAUGAUGAAAUAGAUGAUACAGAAGUUGAAGAAACACAAGAAGAGAAAAUAAAAUGGGAAGUAAAACUGGAGUGUGAGCAAAUUCCCAAAAAAUUUAGGCACUUUGGAAACUCUACAUCACCGAAGAGUUUACUGCGUAGAAAAUCAAGAAGUAAAGACUAUGAUAUAUGUAGUGAUAAUGAUAUCUGCAGUCCUGUAUCAGAAGAUAGUUUUGCCAAAGAGCUUCAACAGUACAUACAAGCUAAAGAAAUGGCAAAUGCUGCUCAACCCUUACCAUUUCUUGAAAAAUCCUUGAAGGAAGAGGGAGUAGAAAAUUCCCAGCAAGCUGCUAAGCAAAAGAAUAAAAAUCUUAAAUCUGGUCGCAAGAAUGGUAAACAGAAGAAAAUAAAGCGAAAAUGGCCUGACACUGGAAAAAAAGGAUCCAAAGCUUUACAGAGGAACAAAGGCCCACAGGAAGAGGAUGGUAAACCUAAAGAGAAGCAGCAGCAUGUGAGAAUGAGUCAAGGAUUCAUCAACCAACAUACAGUAGAGUGGAAGGGAAAGCAAGUUUGUAAAUAUUUUCUUGAAAGGAAAUGCAUUAAGCAUGAAUAUCCUUGCAAGUUUUACCAUACAGGAACAAAGUGUUAUCAGGGAGAAUAUUGCAAGUUUUCACAUGCUCCACUGACUGCUGAAACACAAGAACUGUUGGCUAAAGUUUUGGAUACUGAAAAGAAGUCAUGUAAAUAAAAUAGACAUAAAAAGCUUUGUAUAGAAGAGUGCUUAUCCCUAUGCCUGUUCAAGACUGUUCAAGACUGGUGAUUUGGAGUAGUUUACAAGAGUCCUCAUUUAAAGCACCCCCUUGUCUCUUGUGAUGAGGUGCAUCUUCUCUAAUGGAUGGCUCAGAGGGAUGGGAUCUGGUGUGUAAGCGAAGGGGUUGGUCUUCACUGAGAUGUUCCAACCAUUGAAAAGGGAGAAGAGAAUAUGUGGCAGAGAUGCUGGCUGGUGGGUAUAUGUUGUGGUAGUAAAUUGUAGAAGACUUUUCUGAUGUUUGAGUUUUCUCAAUAAAAUAAGAAGCAAGGGUAGGCUGAGUGAAGAUGGGUGAAAAGGUAUAGGAGGUUUGAGGAGAGAAAACUGCUAUGAAGACAUUGGGGUGAUAGAUGGACUUUAAAAGCAGAGUUAGAUCUCUUCCUGUCAUUCAGUACUUUCAUAACAUUUUUAGUGGUUGCUCACAAUUCCAUUUUAUGUCUUAAAAUAAAUAUGGUUCUAUGACUUUUGAAAAAUAGUUUUAUGUUAUUGGUCAUCUAAGUUGUUUCCAGCUUCUUACUAUUAUAAAGUAGAGCAAUAUCUUUUGA